AGAUAGGAGCUGAAUUCGUGGGCACCUUCAUCCUAAUCUUCGGCGCCACUGCAGCUCCCAUAGUGAAUCAGAAGUACAACGGGGCCGAGGCUCUCAUCGGCAACGCUGCAUGCGCCGGUCUCGCCGUCAUGAUAGUCAUCCUCUCCACCGGCCACAUCUCCGGCGCCCAUCUCAACCCCUCACUCACCAUCGCCUUCGCGGCUCUACGCCACUUCCCUUGGUCCCACGUCCCCGCCUACGUGGUGGCCCAAGUCUCCGCAUCCAUCUGCGCCUCCUUUGCGCUCAAGGGUGUCUUUCACCCUUUCCUUUCCGGUGGUGUCACUGUGCCUUCUGUCAGCACUGCUCAGGCCUUCUUCAUCGAGUUCGUCAUCACUUUCAAUCUCCUCUUCGUCGUGACCGCCGUCGCGACAGAUACUCGCGCGGUGGGAGAACUUGCCGGAAUCGCGGUCGGGGCCACGGUUAUGCUCAACAUUCUUAUAGCAGGGCCAUCCAGUGGGGGAUCAAUGAAUCCGGUCCGAACUCUCGGACCGGCGGUCGCAGCAGGCAACUACAAACAGAUAUGGAUAUAUCUGGUGGCGCCGACUGCCGGUGCUGUCGCCGGAGCUGCGGUUUACACAGCUGUGAAGCUGAAGGGAGACGAUGGCGAGUUGCCGCGACGGAGCUUCCGCCGUUAAAUGGUGGCUUUACUGCAGCUUGCUGUCAAGUAAUAACAAUAAACUCAGGUAAGAGAGGGUUGAUCUUUGUUUUCAAUAUAUUACAGACUUAUGCCGAAGCGGACGUGACAUUAAGUUCGCUUUCUGCAAGUCUCUCUUGUAGUGGCUGAAGGAAGUGAUAUGAUGUGGAGUGUAGACUGUUGUGUUGUGGAUGUGAGUGCGAUGUUGUCUUUUGAAUCGUGUGAGAUGGGGCGAACCGGAUCUCACGGCGAGGUUUGGUUUUGUCCUGAUGCUUUGUGUGGUUGUCAGGAGUCUUGGAAUAACACGGGUGGGUGGUGCAUCCAUCAAUCUGCCACGUAGUA